GCCCCCUGCCGGGCCCCGCCGCCGGCGGAAGGAGCCCCGCGGGACCGGAAGCGGCCGAGCUGCUUCCGGGUCCGGGGUCAGGAGCCCGGCGGGGCAGCGGGGCCGCGGGAGCCGCGGGCCGGCGUCGGAGGCCGCCGCCAUGUCGGUGCUGGGCGAGUACGAGCGCCACUGCGACUCCCUCAACUCGGACUUCGGCAGCGAGUGCGGGGGCGGCGGGGACUCGGGCGCGGGGCCCAGCGCCAACCCGGGGCCGCGAGCCGGCGGCGCGGAGCAGGAGGAGCUGCACUACGUCCCCAUCCGCGUGCUGGGCCGCGGCGCCUUCGGGGAGGCCACGCUGUACCGCCGCACCGAGGACGACUCGUUGGUCGUGUGGAAGGAGGUGGACCUGACUCGCCUGUCGGAGAAGGAGCGUCGCGACGCCCUGAACGAGAUCGUGAUCCUAGCACUGCUGCAGCACGACAACAUCAUCGCCUACUACAACCACUUCCUGGACAGCACCACACUGCUUAUCGAGCUGGAGUACUGCAAUGGAGGGAACCUGUACGACAAAAUUCUCCGUCAGAAGGACAAGUUGUUUGAGGAGGAGAUGGUGGUGUGGUACCUGUUUCAGAUCGUCUCAGCAGUGAGCUGCAUCCACAGAGCUGGAAUCCUGCACAGAGAUAUAAAGACAUUAAAUAUUUUUCUGACCAAGGCUAACUUGAUAAAACUUGGAGAUUACGGCCUAGCGAAAAAGCUGAACUCUGAGUAUUCCAUGGCUGAGACGCUUGUGGGAACUCCAUAUUACAUGUCUCCAGAGCUCUGCCAAGGAGUGAAAUACAGUUUCAAGUCCGACAUCUGGGCAGUUGGCUGUGUCAUUUUUGAACUACUUACGCUAAAGAGAACAUUCGAUGCCACGAACCCGCUCAACCUAUGUGUGAAGAUCGUGCAGGGCAUCCGAGCCAUGGAGGUGGACUCCAGCCAGUACUCUCUGGAAUUGAUCCAGAUGGUUCACGUGUGCCUUGACCAGAAUCCUGAGCAGAGACCCACUGCAGACGAACUUCUGGACUGCCCCCUGCUCAGGAAACGCAGAAGAGAGAUGGAGGAAAAGGUCGCACUGCUCAACGCGCCUACGAAGAGACCAAGGUCGAGCACCGUGACGGAAGCGCCCAUUGCCGUGGUGACGUCGCAGACCAGCGAGGUCUACGUGUGGGGCGGCGGCAAGUCCACGCCCCAGAAGCUGGACGCCAUCAAGAGCGGCUGCAGUGCGCGGCAGGUGUGUGCCGGGAACACCCACUUCGCCGUGGUCACGGUGGAGAAGGAGCUGUACACCUGGGUGAACAUGCAAGGGGGUACUAAGCUCCAUGGUCAGCUGGGCCACGGAGACAAGGCCUCGUACAGGCAGCCGAAGCACGUGGAAAAGUUGCAAGGCAAAGCCAUCCGCCAGGUGUCGUGUGGUGAUGACUUCACCGUGUGUGUGACAGAUGAGGGGCAGGUGUAUGCCUUUGGGUCUGACUAUUACGGCUGCGUGGGUGUGGACAAGGUCGCCGGCUCUGAAGUGCUAGAGCCCGUGCAGCUCGACUUCUUCCUCAACAACCCAGUGGAGCAGGUCUCCUGUGGAGACAAUCACGUGGUGGUGUUGACCCGGAACCGAGAGGUCUACUCCUGGGGCUGUGGCGAAUACGGACGACUGGGUUUAGAUUCAGAAGAGGAUUAUUAUACACCACAAAAGGUGGAUGUCCCCAAGGCUUUGAUCAUUGUCUCAGUUCAGUGUGGCUGUGACGGGACGUUUCUGCUGACGCAGUCAGGCAAGGUGCUGGCCUGUGGACUCAACGAGUUCAACAAACUAGGUCUGAAUCAAUGCAUGUCUGGAAUCAUCAACCAUGAGGCAUACCACGAGGUGCCCUACACAGCCUCGCUCACCUUGGCCAAGCAGCUCUCCUUCUACAAGAUCCGCACCAUCGCCCCAGGCAAGACCCACACAGCGGCUAUCGAUGAGCGAGGCCGGCUGCUGACCUUUGGCUGCAACAAGUGUGGCCAGCUGGGCGUUGGGAAUUACAAGAAGCGGCUGGGAAUCAACCUGCUGGGGGGCCCGCUCGGUGGGAAGCAGGUGAUCCGGGUCUCCUGCGGGGACGAGUUCACCAUCGCUGCCACGGACGAUAAUCACAUUUUUGCCUGGGGCAAUGGCGGCAACGGUCGGCUGGCCAUGACCCCCACAGAGCGGCCACACGGCUCCGACAUCUGUACGUCCUGGCCCCGGCCCAUCUUUGGAUCUCUGCACCACGUCCCAGACCUCUCUUGCCGUGGCUGGCACACCAUCCUCAUUGUCGAGAAAGUCUUGAAUUCUAAGACCAUCCGUUCCAAUAGCAGCAACCUGUCCAUCAGAACUGUGGUGCAGAGCUCUGGCCCGGGAGGCGGCGGUGGUGGGGGCGACGAGGAAGACAGUCAGCAGGAGUCCGAAACUCCCGACCCAAGUGGAGGCUUUCGAGGAACGAUGGAAGCAGACCGAGGCAUGGAGGGCUUAGUCAGCCCCACGGAGGCCGUGGGGCUCAGCAGUGGGGCCAGCAGCUCCUGUCCUGGCUGGCUGCGGAAGGAGCUGGAGAACGCCGAGUUCAUCCCCAUGCCGGACAGCCCCUCCCCGCCGAGCGCCGCGUUCUCGGGACCUGAGAAGGACACGCUGCCCUGCGAGGAGCUGCAGGGCCUCAAAGUGGCCUCGGAAGCGCCCCCGGAACACAAGUCUCCAGGAGGAACCUGGCCUCCUUGGCUCAGCCCUGCAGGAGCCUGUGGCGGGGAGGAGGCCCCGCGGGUGCCCCCUGGCUGUGCGUGCGGCACCCUGCAGCUGGAGGUGGAGAGGCUGCGGGGCCUGGUGUUGCAGUGUCUGGCCGAGCAGCAGAGACUCCAGCAAGAGAACCUGCAGGUGUUCGCCCAGCUGCAGAAGCUCAGCCAGAGCCUAGAAGGCGGGCGGCAGGUGGGGAUGCAGCCCAGGGGCACUCAGACCGCAAAGGAAGAGCCGGACCUGGAUCCAAAGCCCGACCUGGACUCCGAGUCCUGGUGCCUCCUGGGGACAGACUCCUGCCGGCCCGGCCUCUAGCCGCCGAGCGAGCCAGCGAGCCCACACCGCCUCCAGGGAGCUGCAUCUAAGGACUGCACAGCAGAGGGCACUUCCCCGGCUCCGGCUCCGGCUCCGUUCACCCACAGACAUGACCGUCCGUGGACACCUGGAGAGCGGCCCGGCUUCAGCCUCAGUGACCCCACACAGCAGCAGCUCUGGACCUCAUCCGGCGGCCCCACCUCUGGAGAGGAGACGCAAUUCGACGCGAAGCGACUCACCUGCGUUCUGCCAGCAGCUUCCACCCCAUUUACCACAUGCACCGUUAACUUGAAGCCGGAAGCCGCCUUGGGCCACUGGGCCACUGGGCACCGCACCUGGGGGUAGAGGUGGAGGCCGGCGCGGCCCUGCCCGGUCCCACCCAGGAAGCUGCGUCUGGGGCGGCCUGGGGCUUUUCAGAAGCCCUCGUGGCUCCUCAUGGCAGUGCAUGUAGGAGCAAGAGUGGGCCUGGGCGCCUUUCCUCUGAGGGCUGACAGACUUCUCCGGUGAGAGCGGCAGGCCAGGCAGGGCCCUGCUCACCACGCGGCUGGAGCUGCGGGCUUCUGGACGGUAGCCCCUGAGAGAUGGUGUCUGCACACGGCCCCUCUAGGGGACAGCCGUCGGGUGGGAAGGCUCCUGAACCGCUGCAGGGCCUGCCUGCUCCGCACUCCUGCGGGUUCUGACCUUGGUGUCAGCAGCCCCAAGCACUUCCUUUCCGUGCUGCGCCGCCAGUAUUUCCCCUUUGAGCUUCCUGAAGCCGGGUCAGCGAAUUGGCGUUUCCUCUCCGAUCUGAGGGCCCGGCGCUAAGCAGCAGAACAGAACAGGCCGACCCCGCGGCGGAGAGGAGCUUGCACACUGCGGGGAGACAGCAGGGCAGAGCGGGCAGGUGUGCGGGUUCACGUGGGCGCGUGAGCAUCGGGGUCACCGCGCCUCAGCCCUGGUUUCCCCAGCCAGAAGUGGAAUGCCUGACAGCCAGCCGCCUGUUCUGGAAGGAUCCGUGCAGUGGCCCUUCGGUGUCGAGGCUGCUGCUUAGGGACGCUGCCUCUGAGCAGGAGCAGGAUCCCCUUGCCGGCCGCUGCUGUUGUUUCCUCAGUUCUGAGAAGCCUGGUACCCCGGUGCUAAUGGAACCACUGAAGCCUUUUCUUAAAGUAAGGGAGGGGCCAAUCCUGUAUGGAGUUUCCGGUUCCUAGGGGCCGGCCGGGACCCUGGCAGUGCAGCUUCGGUUUUUCCUGGGCCCACCGGCCACUGUGGCCCCGCAUCCCGGUGUGCAGCGUCUCAGCGGGCCUGAGAGGCAGGGUCGCCGUGGCAUCGGUCUCGUGCCGAGGAUCACAGCACCUGCCAGAAGGCGAGAGCCGCCGUGGACGCGCCCCCAUGGGAAAGCGAGGUUCUGUGCCUUAGAAGGGACAGACUGCACUUCUCCAGAUUGUGCCUGGGACAGCCAAGCAGCUCUGCGAGCAGAAGCCAGUUCAAAGGUGGCAGCCGCACAGUAGCCAAGAGUGUAGGGCAAAGCAGCGGGGCGCCCGGAAUGGUGGUCUGCGGCUGACGCUCAUGCUUGGCACAGCGCCUGGCGUUCGUCUCUUCGGGUAUAACCCGCGCUGCCGCUUGCUCUGGCAUCCUUGCUGAAGAGUGAGCUUUCUGUUGGCCAGAUGCUUGAGAGGUUGAGGGUGGAGUGGUUUGACAUUUCUGUUUUCAAUAAACAUUUAAACUCUGA